AUGAAUCCUCGAACCCCUUGUGAUGAUUUCGUACUUGGCUCAGGAUUGGAAAAAUGCUCUGCGUUGGAGAGACUGUUUGAGAUUUCGCAAUUAGAGAUCGACACUGACAGUCCAUUCAAUUUAUUAUAUCAAAAGGAUUCUGAUGUUUUAUUGCCAAUUGAUGAUAAUGAGAUGACUGCUUUGCAACGAGAAAUUCAGCAAUUUUCAAACUCUACUAACAUUCGUUUGAGUCCGAAGCGAAAGCAAAUGAUUGAAAUUGAUUUGAACACUUUCAACCGCAUCAAUUCAAUGAUUUCUGAGCUUGAGGUGGACUCAUCACUCGACCUGCAUCGGAGAGUAAAACGCGGGGCGACAGCGGAAAACAACUGCAACGACGAAAAAUUGAGGAAACUCAUCAAAAAUAAUAUUAGCAAAGAUGCGAAAACGUCGAAGAAGAACAUUCAGAAAGCGGCAAACAAGGAGUUCAAAGGUCAUUUCAAUGUGAUCUGCUCGCCUUGCGAAUUUUCGUUUGUCGUCGCUUCACAGAAGUACUGCGAUGGAUUCAAAGACGGCAUAGCUUGUUUUGCUUUCCUUCAGCCGCCGACAAAAUUGAAAGCUCAAGAUUAG